ACUAUUCUUGUACCUCAUUUUUAGUUCAUAGUUGAAAUGACUCGACAACAUGUCAUAAUACUACAAGUCACGUACUUAGUAGGAUUACCAACAUGGCUGCACGGGUUUGGUAUCUAUGGUAACAUGACUGGAAAUGUGGUUACCCAGCGAGAUCAAGACCUAUGCAGCACGGAGCCCCAGAGUCGAACGGACUGUCACCCAGAGCCCGGGGCGUCUCAGUCUAACUGUGAAGCCCGAGGGUGUUGCUGGAGACGCCCUCCUAACAACGACCCUGUGGUGCGAUGGUGCUUUUACUCCUCAGGGGCUACGGGACCUCGGUGUCAUCUCACAGGCGAACACAGGAGUGAUUGUCACCCAGGAACAGGUGCAAGCGAAGCCGCCUGCCUGUCACGUGGUUGCUGCUGGCAAACCACUAGCGUGAAGGGCGCCCCCUAUUGUUUCCAUCCAACAGGGGAAGACUACUCUGUACAGAAAGUAAUGAACAAUGGCAAGUCUGUGCUGUUGUCAAGAAACCGACACACACACUGGCCCCAUGACGUCAUGGACUUACAAGCUGACGUGGUGGCGCAAACUGGUAGUAGACUCCAAAUCAAGAUAUACGACCCCAACAACAAGCGCUAUGAGGUUCCCCUACCACUCAACAAGGUAUCCGGUUCUUCGCAACACACUGAUUACACCUACAAUAUCGACCACAAUCCCUUCGGCCUCACCGUCACCAGGAAGUCAACGAAGAGUGUUCUGUUUGAUGCGAGUCUCGCUCCCCUGAUCUUCUCCGACCAGAUGCUACAGAUCUCAGUCGGGUUGCCGACCACCAACUUGUACGGGAUUGGAGAAAACAGGAAACCUUUCCGGAUCCCACUGGAGCAGAGUCCUGGCUACUCCCUCUGGGCUCAUGACAUCAUCCCUAAGAUCAACACCAAUCUGUACGGAAGCCACCCGUUUGUGCUCGGAAUAGAACCAAACGGGGACGCCUUUGGGAUAUUCCUCCUUAACAGCAACGCGCUGCGUAUAGACCUUCUUCCUACCAGUCCUGUGACAAUUCGCUACCGAGCCCUUGGUGGAAUACUGGACUUCUAUGUUUUCACUGGUCCCACGCCGGAUGACGUCAUCGAUCAAUACUGGGCUCUGAUUGGACAGCCACCACUUCCGCCUUACUGGUCGCUAGGUUACCACCUGAGUAGGUGGGAUUAUGGCGGAUCAAGCGGGAUGAACGCAACUCUACAGAGGAUGAGGAACAAGAAUAUGCCAUUUGACGCCAUCUGGAACGACAUCGACUACAUGGUCAAGGAGAUGGACUGGACCUACGACAUCAAGAUGUAUGGUCAGCUGCCGGACAUUGUCAAGGAUGUCCACAGCCAUGGGGAGAAAUAUGUUAUAAUAUUGGAUCCCGGCAUCAGCAAUACCCAGCCUAGGGGUAAGUAUGCCCCGUAUGACGAUGGCGUAACAGAUGAUAUCUUCGUGAAGACUGCCGAUGGAUCUGCUCUUGUUGUGGGAGAGGUGUGGCCGGGGAAGACGGUGUUCCCAGAUUUCACUCACCCCAAUACUGAAGCAUGGUGGCAGAAACACGCUCAGAUCAUGCACGCUAAGCUUCCAUUUGAUGGCCUCUGGAUUGACAUGAACGAGCCGUCCAACUUCAAGGACGGAUCUGAGACAGGAUGUGGCAGCAACACCCUGGAGAACCCGCCCUACACACCACCCUUGGAUGGAGGAAGCAUCACUGCCAAGACCCUGUGCAUGUCUGCCAAGUUCCAUGAAGGGUUACACUACAACCUGCAUAAUCUGUACGGAUACUUUGAGAGCAGAGUCACAUACAGCGUUCUGAAAAACAUCUUGCAGAAAAGGCCAUUUAUAUUAUCUCGCUCUACCUUUGUGGGAAGUGGCAAUUACGUCGCACACUGGGAAGGAGACAACUUUGCUGACUGGUCAGACUUGUACUACUCUAUACCAGAGGUUCUGAGCUUUAACAUGUUCGGCAUCCCCUUCAUCGGCGUGGACAUUUGUGGGUUCAGAGGCGACUCUGACGAGGAGCUGUGCACAAGAUGGCUACAACUAGGUGCCUUCUACCCAUUCAUGAGAUCACACAACACGCACAUGUCACCGGACAAAGAUCCCGCAGCAACUCGAUUUAGUUCCACUGCGCAUGACCGGAACCGCGAGGCCUUGAGACUCCGUUACCGUCUUCUACCUUUCCUCUACUCCCUGAUGUCCAAGAAGAGUGCAGUGGCCAGACCUAUCAUCUUCCAGUACCCUACAGAUUCCGCCGCCUACAACAUAGAUAAACAGUUUCUAUGGGGUGACGCGUUGCUGAUUAGUCCCGUGUUAAACAGGGGACACACCACAGUGAAUGCCUACUUCCCUCAAGAUACGUGGUACGAUUUCUUCACUGGGGCGGAAGUGUCCAAAACAGGUCGAUGGACAGUGGUCAGUGCACCGCUGGACAAGAUCAAUGUCCACAUCAGAGGGGGCACAAUAGUCCCGACACAGGUGCCCGAUGUGAACACAGAGAAGAGCCGACGCAAUGACUUCGGUCUGGUGGUGGCCUCGUCGAGCCGGAACACAGCUCAAGGCUUCCUGUACUGGGACGACGGCGAGACCCUAGAUGCGCCAUAUAACCAGAUCCAGUUCAAUCUGGACGGGGAGAGACUGACGUCCACUAUCAAGUCUAGCAACUACGCCACGACCAUGACGUUAGGGAGCGUCGACGUGUACGGUGUGGCAACAGCGCCGACAACUGUCAGAGUCAAUGGUGUCGGCGUCGCCCACACCUACGACACUGCUAGCAAGGUUCUGCAUGCAACCAGACUGAAGGUCGACCUUCUCAAGCCCUUGGUGAUGACGUGGUAGACAGUAUGCCUGAUGUAAUACAGUAUAGAUGGGGAGUGAAUAUGGUUAUAUUGACGUAUGCUGUUGAUUUCCGUCUCGUUUACACAUUCAAUAAAGUAACAUUUUCCUU